AUGCCGGUCGCAUCUUCUGGGAGGAUUGUAAAGACACGGAAGAUCAAGAAGGGGACUCCUCAUCAGAAGAACCAUCGCUGGGAGUCCUUUACAGCGAAAAUAUCGAAGCUUAGCUCUCUCGACCCUAUUCGCAGAGUCCGCCGCCAUGAUAUCGACGCCGAAGAUAUUUCUACGAACACAUCAUACCUCAAGGCGGGAUUGGAGAAAUGGCAGGAACUCAAUCUGUCCGAUGGGUUCAUUACCUUCUCCAAUGAAAUCGCGCCGAUGUGCGACACCCUACCAGAAAUUCUACAUUUCGAAGACAAGAUAGCUGAAAUCUUGUUCGCAUACAUUGAUAGAAGGGAAAGAGUGUCCUUGGAGCCUCUAUUGGAGUUGAUGACAGAUUUUGCACAUGAUCUAGGAACCAGAUUCGAAAAGCAUUAUGCAAAAGCGCUGGAGUUGGUCACAUCGAUUGCUGGCACGUCGCAAGAUGUCGAGGUCAUCGAGUGGAGCUUUACAUGUUUGACAUUCAUGUUCAAGUACCUGUCAAAACUCUUGGUACCAGACCUGCGACCUACCUACGAUUUGAUUUCCCCUCUUCUUGGAAAGCAUCGCCAAAAACCACACAUUGCACGGUUCGCGGCUGAAGCAAUGAGCUUUCUGGUGAAGAAAGCCGGGGCCCCCGCACACCGAGAAAAGGCACUACCCUUGAUUGUCAUACAUGCAAAAAAAGACCUCCAGAGUAUCUCGGACACUAAACAAUCCGGGCUCUAUUUCCAUGGGCUGAUGACACUGUUUGCUGAGGCAAUGAAAGGAAAUGGACUGAGUGUCCAUACUUCUGGCCCCGCUAUAUUCAGAUCACUUUUCUUAGCACUCGAUGCGGAGGAUUUCAAUUCAAAAGACAGUUCAUCUUGGAUGAGUUUAAUUGGUGGUGUUCUGACCAGCAUAAUACACCACACAAGCUCGGACACCUUCAAGGAUAUUAUCGAGGUUGUCUUGGAACGGUCGAAUGCAGUAGUGGAUUCAUUUACAGAGCUGAAAAAUGAUUUGGAACUACGCCGACUGCUCUUAUCUGCUCGCACAUUAGGAAUCGCGGCAGGAGUUCGAAAAGGAACUCGAAUCAGUGACUGGCCAGCCCUCCUCAAGAGCAUGUCCUGUAUUCUGCGGGCCAUUUCGACGAAUGCUAGUACGGUGCUCAAACAUGACCAGGAUUCUGAUUUAUGGAACUCCCUUAUUUUGAGUGUUUCAAUCGCUCUGCAAUAUGCCCCCAUGGAUGCCAUGGUCCCUUUCAUCUCAACAUUUAUGGACUCUUUAACUAAGGAUCCACUGGCGAAGUGGUUUUUAACUUUCUGUUCAUACAUUUCUGAAGCAGAACCGGAACGCUUUCGUAGCAUAGUAUUGGCAUAUUUUCAAAGAUUUGUUAUUGCACACUGGUCAGAUGCAGAUAACGGAGAUACGCUAUGUGUGUUGUUGCCCAAGAUGGUGUCAUCUGGAGUACUUCCCAGCAGUUACGGCAAGGAUGGUUUUACAUUGCCUCAAUCCUGGCAGGAUCAAAUUGUGAGUAAAUUUGAGAGGCUCGAGGUACAACCUUUUCCAGAACAGGCCUCAACUGCAGUGUAUGACCGAAGUCCGAAGACAUGGCAUGAUAGAUGCCUGCCGAAGUAUAAUGCUCUCCUCGAGGUUUUGGAAUGCACCAUAGUCCACCCGUCAACGAAUGCUAGAAUAGCGGAAAUCAUUCUCCGCAAACUCAAACUAGCGUUAAGGCCUUCUUCCUCGCUCGCACCAGAAGAAGCUAAUUUCAUCGUUGGUCGAGGAUUUACUGCUUUUUCAAGGAUGAUCAAAGGAGCAGUCGAAGCCGACAAGGCACUGAAACCAUUGCUUCGUGCAGCUGCUCCUAGAUAUGCUCGCUUGCCCAAUUUUCUGGAAGCAUUACUAUCGUAUGAGACGAGCCUCAAAUCAUCGCCAAUCCCUGCAGUAGGCAAGUCAAAGAUGGAUACGGAGGUAGACGGCGACUCGCUGAUUCCCUCUUUGGUCUCGAAUCUGUCAACUGGGUCCCAUGAUCUCCGCCUGCUGUCAUUACGCCUAUUAGAACACAUUCAUGGUGCUGAGCAUGGGUCGACUUCGGAGGCCUUGACUGUCAUGAUCAUGGUAGAGCAAACUCCACUUGAUCUCCAGACUGCCCGUUCUGCUUCGAUGCAUAUUCGCAAGCUUGCAACAAUGUAUCCUCAUCAGCAGGUUGGGUGGUUGAAACGAGCUAUUCCGUCAUUCUGUUUUGGGAUGUUUACGGUUAAAUUAGCCCAGAUCUGGGACGACGCCAGCGCUGCACUGAAGGACAUAGCAGAGUCAAAGGACGGCGAAGAAGCUGUUGCAGAGCUCGCGUUCCAAUGGCUAGAAUCGCCAUCACUCAGAUGGGACGGUCCAGCCAGAAACAUUGAGCAGUCGCAUAAUAACGGUUUGACAGAUUUUGAAUGCUCAAAUUUGUUGAAACUGGAUCAGCUUGCAAAAGAUGCUGAGUUAAGUGUCUCCAACGCUCGAGACACCAUGUUGAAAAAGUUUGAAGUUGCUCAACAAUUAGUCGAUCCCCAGCCAUCUUCAGCGAGGGCACAGGCACUUCGCGUUCUUACUGCAGUCCCCAGCAUUGCAGAAAAGCGAUCUCGCAAGCUGGUUCCAAUGUUCCUCUCAUGGGCCAGUAAGCAUGGGGAAGCGGCGGAACCGAGUGAUGACGAACAGGAACCUGCUUCUAGCGAUUGGACAAGAAAAGAUCAAAAGGCUCAGCUCGAUUUAUUUGGCGCAUUCGUAAAUCCCAAGUCACUAUACAGAUCGAACGAGGUGUAUGAUGCUCUCCUGCAAUUACUGGCCAAUGGAGAUAUUGAAAUACAGAAAUCCGCCCUCAAAGGCAUUUUUGCAUGGAAGAACAGCAAUAUCAAACCGUACGAAGAGAACUUGCUUAAUUUGCUAGACGAAGCGCGGUUUAAGGAGGAGAUUGGUAUUAUAUUGCAAGGGCAGACGCUGGUUCAAGCAGAGCAUCGACCAGAUCUCAUGCCUGUACUUCUCAGGCUCUUGUACGGGCGAGCGAUCUCCCGGAAGGGUGCUGCGAGCGGUAGACAAGGCAUGGAAGCUCGAAGAUCGACCGUGUUGCGCAAUCUUGGAAUUGAAGAUAUUGGAGGUUUCUUGGAUAUAGCACUUGGAGAUCUGAAGGACAUUGGUCUGACCAAAGAUGGCCGUUUUCAAGAGUCUGUGCUUGAAAGGGACAUCUUGAGUGCCAGAAAACAGGUUGGUUUCACCAACAUGAUUGAAGGUGCUUUGAAAGAGCUCGGGACCAAAGUAGCCCCCUUUGCUCGGAAGCUGCUAGAAGCCGUGCUUUACUGCGCCGUAUAUUCAUCUCGGCGACUGCAGAACGAGCUUGACGAUGAUGAAGAUGAGGGCGUUCAGGCAAGCCAAACUUCAUUGCUCAAAGUCGUCCGUCAGACCAGCUUGAAGUGUUUGAUUCUUCUUUUUACCAGUGCUGAAAACUUUGAUUGGUCUCCAUACAUCAACAUUGUCAUCGACGAAGUUGUCCUUCCAAGGCUGGAUAAUCUACCAAUUGAGACAGCACAGGGAAUAUCUGGUAUUCUUCGGCUGUUCUUCACCUGGUCAGCUUCGCCAGAAACUGUCCUCUUCCUUGGCAGGAACUCUCAGAUUCUCCCCAAAAUCGCAGAAUGCGUUGCCCCGCAGAAAUCGAAAGACGAAGUUAGGGUAUUCGCAUUAAGUAUCAUCAGAAACGUUCUGAAACAGUCUCGUGUAGAUGCCGAGGAUGGCAUUGCUUUUCAUGUCAAGAACGAUCUUCUCACACCCAACUUGGAUCAUUUCUUAACCCAAAUUGGUGGUGUACUCCGAAGUCAUCACGAUACCAGCAAAUCUUUGCUUGAGAGUUGUGUCGAGACUGUGUCUGAGCUGGCACCAUUUGUCUCCACAUCGACCCAAGCUCAUAACUUGGUUGACGUUUCGAUAUUCCUACUCGACCAGCCUUCAAGACGGGUGAAUCCCAAAACAAAGAGUGGCCUUCUCCUAGUUCUGGAGCACUUUGUGCCACUAUAUGAUCUACAAAAUGAUUCGGAGCUGAAGGAUAGAAUGUACAACACUGUGACUUCACUGUUUGGAUUCUUUAAGGAUAAAGACAGCCGAGAAGUGCUAUCGCGAGUUCUGAUGGUAUAUUCCCAAAAGGAUCCAGUUAUCAGCGAAAUUGCCGCACUAUGUGUUGAUCUCAAUUCAUUUGUUGCUGGCCGUCUUGAUGAACCCGACUACGAUCGGCGACUGAAAGCAUUCAAUGCCAUCAACGCUCCAAGAGACCUGCCGUUUACGGCUCGUCAAUGGAGCCCACUAUUGUUCAACAUGCUAUACUAUAUCAAACGUGAUGAGGAGUAUGGAAUACUCUCUUCGAACUCAUCUGAUAGUAUCUGCCAAUUCAUCAACACUGCUGCGAAUGCUGAAGGAGACACUGAGAAGCAAACGUUCGAAGGUAUCCUGUCGACAAUCCUGAUUCCUGCAAUCUUUUCAGGGGUACGAGAACCAUCCGAAAUCAUUCGCCGAGAGUAUGUGAAGGUCAUGGCUCAUCUAGUUCGAACAUUUCCCACAUGGUCAGAAGUUAACGAUAUGCAUGGCCUGCUCGCUGGGGACGAUGAACUAGAAUCUUCCUUCUUUAACAAUAUCUUAACCGCAGCCAAAGGGCGACAGUCUAGCGCGCUUGGCCAGGUAUCUGCCGCCGCGGAGAAGGGUCAACUGAGCAGCAAAAAUGUCAGCCAUUUCUUCAUCCCACUCAUUGAACACUUUAUUCUUGACCGGGCGGAGGGCAAUGAAGCUCAUAACCUUGCCGCGGAGGCGACUGUCACAGUUGGUGUAUUAGCCGGCUCGUUAGAAUGGCCUCAGUAUCGUGCUAUGCUUAGACGAUUCAUUGGAUACGUUGAGAGCAAGCCCGAUCUCGAGAAGCAAAUCAUUCGACUCUUGGGUAAAAUCAUCGAUGCACUUGCCCUCGCUGCCAAAGAUGCAAACACUGAUGAUACGGAAUCGCCUUCGAAAAACAGAGGUGCUUUGGCCAUGAGCAUGCCCAAGCAGCUAAAGCUGGCGGACGAUCUUACCUCAAAUAUCCUACCACCACUAACCGCCUAUCUUCACGACAAAGAUGAGUCGAAAGUCAGCCUUCGUGUUCCAGUUGCUGUAAUCGUUGUGAGGCUUCUCAAACUGCUGCCAGAAGAACAGUUGAAUGAACGACUCCCGCCAGUCCUAACAGAUAUCUGUCACAUCCUUCGAAGCAAAGCCCAAGAAUCUCGUGAUAUGGCUCGGGAUACCUUGACCAAGAUCUGUGUUCUGCUCGGGCCAUCGUGUUUUGGAUUUGUUCUCAAAGAAUUGCGUGGCGCUUUGGCGAGGGGUUAUCAACUUCACGUGCUCUCGUACACCAUGCAUUCCCUUCUUGUAGCUGCAACACCCGAGUACGCUCCCGGAGACUUGGAUUACUGUUUACCAUCUAUCGUGGCUAUCAUCAUGGAUGAUAUAUUUGGAGUGACUGGGCAAGAGAAAGACGCUGAAGAAUAUGUCAGCAAGAUGAAAGAAGUCAAAAGUAGCAAGAGCCACGAUUCGAUGGAGCUGAUUGCUAGAACCGCAACUUUGAGUCGGUUGACCGAUCUUGUCAGACCGAUACAAGUCUUGUUGAAGGAGAAGCUCAACUUAAAGAUGGUUCGGAAAAUAGACGAACUUCUCAACCGAAUCAGCUCUGGCCUUCUCAAGAAUUCCGCAGCUCAGAGUCGAGAUAGUUUAAUCUUCUGCUAUGAAGUCAUCCAGGACGUCUACAAUAGCGACAAGCCCCAGCAGAAGGCCAAGGAGGAUUAUCGACUCAAAAAGUAUCUCAUCCAAAAGGGAGCAAAGAAGAGUGGCGAGAACAGGGGCAGUACUAGUGUCUACACCUAUAAGUUAGUCCGGUUCGCUUUCGAUGUUUUACGCUCAGUCCUAAAGAAGUACGACAAUCUUCGAACAGCAAGCAAUUUGACCGGGUUUAUCCCGAUACUUGGAGAUGCCGUCGUUCAAGCUGAGGAUGAGAUCAAAGUUGCCGCAUUCAAACUGCUUACCACGAUCGUCAAAGUACCUAUGAAGGCAGCCAACGAUGGGACGAAUCUCUACAGAAUCGCUGCUGCGGAAGCCACCAGAAGUUUCAUGAGAUCUUCAGAGACAACUUCAGAUAUUUCUCAGGCCGCCUUGAAAUUUAUUUCAGUGGUUCUUCGAGACCGCCGAGAUGUGCCAAUCAAAGAUACUGCAGUCGAUGAGCUUCUCGUCAGACUCAAAGACGACUUGACUGAGCCUGAUCGCCGGCAUGUAACGUUCAACUUUCUCAGAGCAGUUAUGGACUCUAAAGUUGAAACAGCCAUCGUCUACGACACUCUCGACUACGUAGGCACUGUCAUGGUGACUAAUAGCGACAAAGAUACCCGUGACCUAGCUCGAGGCGCGUACUUCCAGUUCUUGCGCGAGUACCCGCAGAAGAGGAGCCGCUGGACCAAACAACUCGGCUUCAUUGUCGCGAAUCUCAAAUAUGAGCAAGAGGGCGGUCGUCUCUCAAUCCUCGAAGUCAUCCAUCUCCUGCUCUCCAAAUCAUCCCAGGAAUACGUACAAGAGGUCUCGGCUACUUGUUUCGUACCACUUAUAUUCGUAUUGGCCAAUGAUGACAGUGAGAAAUGCCGUAUGGCUGCUGGGGAGGUUAUCAAAGAGAUCUUCAGAGAAGCCGACAAGGAACGAAUGAGCACUUUUCUCACUCUCUUGCGGUCCUGGAUCAAGCAGUCUGAUAAUCCCUCAGUGGUCCGCCUAGCGUUGCAAACUUACGGAUUCUAUUACGAAUCCCAAACUACGGACGAUUCUGAUCUUACGAUGUUAUUGGAAUGCAUACAAAGCACUGUUGACACCGCAGAAGACUCGGGUUCGGAUUGGGAGCAGAUCUUCGCCGCACUCCAACUUUCUUCUAUCCUCGUCCAGAAAUUCCCCGAAAAGCUCCUUUCGUCCUCCACCGCCUCUCUCUGGCCAAGUGUUCGGAAAUGCCUGUCCUAUCCACACGCCUGGGUCAAAGAAUCAGCCGCCAAACUUACCGGAGUUUACUUCGCUGAUUUUGCACGAAAUAACGCUGAUACUUCUCUUGAAGGUCUUCCUCUCAAAAACGACAGGGGCUUAAAGCUGAAAGGAGAUGAUAUUUCAGAGUUGAUUAGAAGGUCCGCGAACAUGUUCAAAACUCCCGCAUUGAGCUCUAAUCUCGCUCAAGAAAUCGUCAAGAACUUAUUCUUCCUCGGCCUUGUUGCCGGAGCCAACAACUUAUUCUUCAAAUAUUCUCAGGAUACCGCAGAGUCAGGUGAUGAUGAGGAAGCUGAGGAUGAGGUAGCCGAGAAGAAAACUGCGCUUCAGUAUCUCUUUGGAAGACUGAGUACUAUUCUAAGGAGGGAAACCUCUCCGCCCCGUGCCCCUGGUCUCAUACCGAAGACAGCCGCGCUGUCGCUUCUCGAACGCCUCGUAUCCAAGCUCCCCUCGGACACCCUUGCCCCGUGUCUUCAAACAAUUCUCCUCCCUCUCCACAAUUUAACUGAUCCUUCGAUCCCAACUCCAUACUCUACAGAUGAGCUCUUCCGGUCUGGUUACGAAACUCUGAAGUCUGACGCGGAAGCAUUGAUGGAGGAUUUAAAGAAAAAGUUUGGAACAAAGGACUUUAGUGAAGCGAUGAUCAGGGUUAGAGAGGGGGUUAAGGCGAGGAGGCAAGCAAGAACUGGGAAGAGAAGGAUUGAUGCUGUGGCUCAGCCUGAGAAAUACGGGGAACAGAAGAGGAGAAAAGGGGAACGAAAGAAAGAACGUCGGAAGGAGAAGGGACAGGAACAUGGGAAGCGGAGGAGGGAAUAUUGAUUGCUACGUAGUAGUGCAUUGCUUGGUGUUUUGGUAUGGAAAAUUUGAUAAAGGGGUAACCCCCGGAGCGGGACAUGGAUUUCGAAAAUUUCAAUGCGAAGAUACCUCGAAAAGUUGGAUCUUGAUGAGAGUCGCUACCAUGGGAGUGUUACAUAUAUACACAUAUAUAUUUUCUUUGCAGCAUCGAGAUACAUACAGCCCAAGACCUCUUUUACUAAGUAUUCGUAUAAGUUAUUCCCGAAACUCCUCUAUACCAUGCCGCUAAAUCCACCUUGUACCCAAAUCAUAUAUUAUACAAUAUGUUCCAUCAUCC